AUGAGUGCACGUCCGUUAGUAACCGUUUAUAAUGAUAAGAGCGAAGCGACUGAUAGUCAGGUUAAGUUGCCGGGUGUUUUCCGUGCACCGUUACGUCCAGAUAUUGUUUCCUUUGUACAUGAUCAAAUAAGGAAGAACAAACGCCAGCCAUACGCCGUUUCAACGGAAGCAGGGCAUCAAACUUCGGCGGAAUCAUGGGGCACAGGUCGUGCAGUGGCCAGAAUUCCACGUGUACGAGGUGGUGGUACACAUCGUUCAGGACAAGGUGCAUUUGGGAAUAUGUGCCGUGGCGGGCGCAUGUUUGCACCAACUAAGGUAUUCCGACGUUGGCAUCGUCGUGUUAAUGUUGCACAAAAACGUUAUGCAAUGGUUUCGGCAAUAGCUGCUUCAGGUGUUCCAGCUUUGGUGCAAGCACGCGGACACGUCAUCGAUCAAGUGCCGGAAAUUCCAUUCGUUGUUGUUGAUAAAGUGGAAAGUUUUAAGAAAACGAAAGAGGCGGUUUCAUUUCUCCGUCGUUCACAUUUUUGGGCCGAUAUCGAGAAGGUUUACAACUCGAAACGUAAUCGAGCUGGUAAGGGAAAAGGACGCAAUCGCCAUUAUAAGGCUAAGUUAGGUCCUCUCGUAGUGUACAAUCAGGAUAACGGUAUCGUCAAAGCUUUCAGAAACAUCCCGGGCAUUCAUCUGCUUCCAGUAGAUCAUCUAAAUUUGUUGAAAGUCGCACCUGGUGGUCAUCUUGGACGUUUGAUCAUCUGGACGGAAUCAGCUUUUCGUAAAUUGGAUCAUAUAUAUGGGACGGAAACACGCAAAGCCAUUGCCAAAGCUAAAUUCGUUAUGCCGACAGCAAAAAUGACAAAUGCUGACUUUUCGCGACUGAUUCGCUCAGAGGAAAUUGUUAGAGCCAUUCGACAAAUAAGGAAAAGCACACAUAAGGUUAGGACUGCAAAAGUACAUCGCAAUCCGCUAAAGAAGUCCGCAAUCAUGGUUAAAUUGAACCCAUAUGCAGCAGUACUGAAACGUGCCGCUAUUUUGACCAAUCGUAGACAACUUGGAACGCAACAUCCAUUUGAAGAAAAGAUUCAGGCCUCACGUCGGAAGGAAUUAGAAAAAAAGGCUGCGAAAAAGGCAACAGCUGCAAAGUAA